AUGGCAACAUGAUCUAACUUAAGAUUACAAAAUAGAUUUUCACCUUUAAUAGAACAAUUAAAUUUUUUCCAUGACUAUACAAUCAUAAUUUUAAUUAUAAUUACUGCAUUAAUUUCUUAUAUUAUAAUUAUAUUAUUUUUUAAUAAAUUUACUAAUCGAUUUUUAUUACAUGGACAAACAAUUGAAAUUAUUUGAACAAUUUUACCUGCUAUUAUCUUAAUAUUUAUUGCUUUUCCUUCUUUACGAUUAUUAUAUUUAAUAGAUGAAAUUAAUAAUCCAUUAAUCACCUUAAAAGCUAUUGGACAUCAAUGAUAUUGAAGAUAUGAAUAUUCAAAUUUUAAUAAUUUAGAAUUUGAUUCAUACAUAAUUCCUACAAACGAAUUAAAUACUAAUGGAUUUCGACUCUUAGAUGUUGACAAUCGAAUUAUUCUACCUUUUAAUAAUCAAAUUCGAAUUUUAGUAACAGCUACUGAUGUUCUUCAUUCUUGAACAAUUCCUAGAUUAGGAGUAAAAAUUGAUGCUACUCCUGGACGAUUAAAUCAAUCUAAUUUUUUUAUAAAUCAACCAGGUCUUUUUUUUGGUCAAUGUUCAGAAAUUUGUGGAGCUAAUCAUAGAUUUAUACCUAUUGUAAUUGAAAGUAUUCCUUUAAAUUAUUUUAUUAAAUGAAUUUCUUUAAAAAUUAAUU